CUGAAAUUGUUGCCAGGAAACAGGUUGUAAACAUCCUGAUAGCCUACUUUGUAUCUUUUUCGCACAAUGAAGGACAUACCUCUGUGAGUGACUAAUGCAUGCCUAGGCUACGCUAAGUUAAACUGGAUAGCUCCAAAUAUCUAUGAUCUUUAGACGACACGAAGAAAAUGACUUUGGUAAAGGACAGAUUACCAAGCAUUCCAACGGCAGGGAAAAGAAUACCCUUUGGUGACCGGGUGAAGACAUGUUUGGAGUUAGCGCCACGGGCUAUCACACCACCUGUGGUGAAGAAGUUUCUCAAUACCACUCGCCCUGAGGCAGGAGUCAUCCGUGUGUUCUAUGGGAAAGCCAAUGACCCUGAUAUUGCCAACAAUCAAAUGCAUGGAGUGAUAACCAGAACAUCUAUUACUAGUGGAUCACUGAUAAAUCCUGCACCAAAGACCCGGUUUCAGCAGAAGCUGCAGCAACUUGAUGAAGCCCUGUAUGCCACCCACCAGAGAGCUCCUCUUGGCAGGUCUCAUGACCAAAGGUCUGGGCUGCCUAAGUGGUUUGACCUUAACCAAACUACAUUUGGUGUGAAGAACAUUCACUGCAUCAACAACGCACAAAAAAUCAUCAACCCUCCUAAAACCUCUGAGCAAGUGGAGAGAGAUUUCCAGGAAGGCCAUCAGUAUUAUGUGCGGUCUCAUAAUGCUUACUUUGUAGGUGAGCGCGUGGACAGGGCAUACGAUUGGAGACACUGUGGGAAAGACAUCAGGUUCGGAGUGCCCACCCCCCACCAUAAUGAUGGACGCAAUGUCUCCAAGUCCCUCCACUGGCCAUGUGAUAACCAAAAACAUAACAGUGCACUGAUUGUCUCACAGCAGUGUGAUGACUUCAGAGAAAGGACUCAGCCCCAAAUAGGCAAAGUGCAUGAUCCAAUUGCAGAUAGUCUGAAGCUUCCGGCAGAUCACACAUUUGGAAUCUUGUUGAGACCUGACAAGUUUGAUGCUAGGGACCUAAUUCACGCCAUUCCACCAUCCAACUACCUCCGAGGGAAGGACCGACAGCAGACUCUAGUCAGCGUUGCUCGCCAGCACCUGAAGAAGGCCAAUUAUCGCAACUUCAACUCUCUGCUGCAGGCCUUCAGACACUAUGACAAGAAGGGGCAGGGAAAGAUCGACAAAGAGGAUCUCCAGGCAGUGUGCCGUCAGUUUAAUCUGGACCUUAGUGGGCCGGUGUUGGAUAGCCUCAUGGAGUGCUGUGACAAGGACAAAGACGGGUACAUCAGCUUCCUAGAGUUCGCCAACUUCCUCAACUGGAAAGACAAAAUGCCCAUCAACAGAUUGGAGCAGAAGAUUCUCACUAGAGAGCGCAAGGUCAGCACGGCGCCAGCCAGCAUGCAGAGAGAGGGAGGCCUGGUGUCGGACGCAGCGUCCCUGCUCAGACCCGACGACCUGGAGCCGGUGGAGCUGGGAAGCUGGCUGAAGACCCCCAAGACUCUGCCUCACGCCAGAAGCACUCCAAAGGAGUUUGCCACCUCAUCAUCGCAGAUUGGAGCUGUUGUGGGUAGAGCCUCCACUGCCAAUGUGCCGACCCACGGAGUCCCAACCGUACGCCUGGAUUUGCCCGCACCACGCGUCCGGCGCGUCAGUGACCGCACCAACUAUGGAGAUCAGGCCUCAGCCUACGACCUGCUCUACCCACCUCUCCACUCCCUGUGGGGCGUGCAUGAGGAGGCCUUCUUCUCUGCACGGCCCAAAGAUGAGAUUUCGGCAAUAUUCCAGAAUGCUGGAGUUAACGUAUCUGAGGAGGCAUUUGAGGAGGCAUGGAGGAUGGCGUCCACGAGGCAUCCUGAUGGGGAAGUGUGUGUCGAGGGUUUCCGGAAUGCACUGAGAGAAAUUCAGGCUCAUUGAAAACUUCCACUUGUCCAUCGUGGUCCAGUUUUCUGCAGUUAUGUGCACUUGAUAGAAUAUGUAUUUUGAACUUCUUGAUCUUGAUAACAAAAAUAAAUAGACCAGAGGUUAUGAA